AUGAAGCUGAAGACAAUGAAAAGAGCUCGUGUGAGGCUUAUGAUGCUAAGAACUUUCGCAGUUGGAGAAGAGUCAAAUUAUACGCCCACGCAUAAACAUUUAAAUUCAGUGACAAUUCCAAUAUCGAAAUAUGACGAAGAAAGUGAAUUAAAUGAUUUAAGCAUGACAAAUAUCAGAAAGGAAGACGACGACGUUGACAACAACAACAUGAAAAAUCUUCUCAACCAGCGCAACAACAAAUGUUUAAUGUCUUUAAUGUCGCAAAGGUCUUGUUAUUCAUUGCCCAAUCAUUGA